UUGGCUUGUCCUGGUCUCUUUUUCAUGUCCAGCCCCUGAUGUGUGUCCAUUGGUGUGAGCUUCCCCUUCCCUCCUCCCCUUCUCUCCUGCUCGCCCUGCCCAUGUUUUGUGUGUCUCUGUCCAUCCAGACUCCUGACGUUCAAGUUCGCAGGGACGUCACGUCCGCACUUGAACUUGCAGCUCAGGGGGGCUUUUGCCAUUUUUUUCAUCUCUCUCUCUCUCUCUCUCCCCCUCUAUCUCUCUCUCCUCUCUCUCUCUCUCUCUUUUUUUUUUUUUUUUUGCUUAAAAAAAAAAAAAGCCAUGACGGCUCUCCCACAAUUCAUCUUCCCUGCGCCAUCUUUGUAUUAUUUCUAAUUUAUUUUGGAUGUCAAAAGGCACUGAUGAAGAUAUUUUCUCUGGAGUCUCCUUCUUUCUAACCCGGCUCUCCCGAUGUGAACCGAGCCGUCGUCCGCCCGCCGCCGCCGCCGCCGCCGCCGCCGCCCGCCCGCCCCGCAGCCCACCAUGUCUCGCCGUAAGCAAGGCAAACCCCAGCACUUAAGCAAACGGGAAUUCUCGCCCGAACCUCUUGAAGCCAUUCUUACAGAUGAUGAACCAGACCACGGCCCUUUGGGAGCUCCAGAAGGGGACCAUGACCUCCUCACGUGUGGGCAGUGCCAGAUGAACUUCCCAUUGGGGGACAUUCUUAUUUUUAUCGAGCACAAACGGAAACAAUGCAAUGGCAGCCUCUGCUUAGAAAAAGCUGUGGAUAAGCCACCUUCCCCUUCACCAAUCGAGAUGAAAAAAGCAUCCAAUCCCGUGGAGGUUGGCAUCCAGGUCACGCCAGAGGAUGACGAUUGUUUAUCAACGUCAUCUAGAGGAAUUUGCCCCAAACAGGAACACAUAGCAGGUAAAUGAGAAGCAAGGAGAAAAGCUGUUUGCAUGUUUUCUUUUCAUUUUCAGAGGUGCUGUAGCCAAGCACUCAGGAGUGGUGAAGAGCUUUCUGUAUUUCUCCAUGUGACUGUCCAUGACAGCCCUGUAACGUUAAAACAAUCAUUCCUAUUGCUUACGUCCAGAACACAAAAAAAAUAAAUAUUUUCCACUUCACUGAGUCAGAUAUAGGUGGAAUAGGUACACACACCUGAUACCCUGUCUCUGGAUCUGUUGAUGCUGAAUUUCUUUCCUUUUUUUCUCCCCUUCUCAUUUUUAAGUGUUGAACCUUAGUAUACCUGGCCCUGUUUCCAAUGUCCAUUUCCAGCCAUGGUGACAAGUCAGAGGCGAAGUGGCCAUACAGGCAUUUUGUAGUUUGGCCAAUGACCUGUUUGAGUCAGAAUACCUGGUCAGACCUCCCUAGGGGUGCUGUUAGUUCUCAAGGCUUCUGCGAAGGAGGGUGGGCUGACAGGGCGUUUGGGACUGGGUAGAAAGAGUUAACUGAGCUUCAGGGCUCGCCUUGGAUCCAUAUUGGCUGUCAGCCCGUAUGGGGCUGUAAUUAAACACAGCCCCGUGGUGGGAUGACACCGUGACCUUGACUUUAAGAUGCCAUUUUCGACUGGCCAGGCCAGAGUAGAGAGGGCAGUUGCUGAAGCGCACAGACAUGCUUACUCGAAAAGUUUAAGGGCAUGUUGGAAAUUUCAAAAGGUUGGUUUGACAGGAACGGCUGCUCCCUGCAGCCUGCCUCCUCAGCUAAAUGAUAAAUGCUUCUCUGUGCUCUCUCUUGUCUCUGAUGUGGUUUUGACAGAUGUAUCUUGAUUUUGUUUGUGGUUUACACAACCACAUGUCACCCUUACAAAUGUCCAGUCCAGACUUCCACUGUUUCAGCUAUAACACAAUGUAAAAAUUCUCUUGGAAAAAUACAUACACAUAUUCAACAGCUCUCCUUCCUUUGGUUAAUUUUAGCAGAGAGGUAGUUAGGUGUGUGGGUUUCUCAGCAGCUCAUGGGAAAAGGAAUUAACGGCUAGCAGAGGGACUUAAAUCCUUACCCUAAGUGAUAAGCAGCAACACUAUAUAGUGACCCUUAAGACAUUUUUUUUGUGAAACCAGAGUGAUUUAACACACAAGACAAAGUGAAUGCAGAGUCUAUGGUGACAAAAAUGCUAAGCCUGCUGGUGGUUCCCUUUCUUCUAUUUCCCCCUGCCCCCUCCCCCAAAACGCAGAAGGUUUAUUCAGUUUUAGGAAAGAUAGUGCAUAUAAUCAGUUGAUUCACUGGAACUUGUCUUUCUGACCUCGUUUGACCACAAAGUUGAACUGUAGUAGGUCAGUGGUCCAGAGGGAAUUAAAUGUCGUAUUAUUUCUUCUUCCCGCCCCCUCUGGAAUUUGAUCAUUAAAAUCAAACGUGGCAUUUUCUUUCUUUCUUUCUUUUCUUUUCCCCAUGCUUCCUGCAAUAACACUCAGAUACUUUUCCUUUAGUGAAAAGAGAAAUCUGUACCAGGGAAGCUGCAUUUACAAAAUAUUUUUCUAGAAUUCACCGCAUUUAGCUUAUGUGACAUGUAGGUUAACAUUUUAUCCCCCCCACCACACACACAAGUAGGCAAUGGCAGUGACCAUUUCCAUGUGCUGUCUUGUGACUGGAAGGAAAAUGUAAGGCAUGAUUAAUGAAGCAAGAGCAAGCGGAAGGGGAUUUGUCGUCUUCGGAGAUCCAAAGCCUUUCUAAAUCACCAAAUAUGGAGUAACACUUGCGUGAUGUAACAUCGUAUUUACAUAUCGGGCCGCUCGUUUAAAAGACAAAACACAGUGUCUGUCAAGCAGGAAUUAAAACCACACUUCUUACUGAGGUCCCAAAUAGGUUAUUCACUCUCGGAUUAACCAGCUCCAAAAUUCUGUGCUUCUGUACUUAGAAGAGGAAUCUAAAAGCUGGGGGUGGGGGGGAAGGCACUAUAGUGAUAGCUUUUUACUAUUAUAGUUGUGAAUGUACAUAGAGAAAGAAAAGAUAUUUUCCUUACCUUCUGGUUGUCAUAAAGGUUUUUUGUUUCUAAGACCCAGUAUAAUAGCAGAGCCCAGAGAAGCACCCCCUCCCUGCCCUGCCAAAAACAAAACACAAAAGAAAGAAAAAAGAAAAGAAAGCAAAUUUAAAAGAUGUUUUAGAAGGCUAAUACUAAAUAAUUUCACUGAGAUGAAAAGCGUUAUAAGGUAUCUAAGAUAUUCAAUGGGUGCACAAAUGUAGCAACCCAGGUGAGGUAAACCUUUCAUGCACAAAUAAUUACAAAGCCUUGAUUCAUUUCAUUGUGUUUAAUCACCUGUUCCCACCCUGGAAUUGGCUGGACAUAAAUAGCGUGGUCACAUCUCAAAGCGAGAUGUCAGUAACUAGAAUCAUGACUUCUCAUAAUUCACAGUAAUGAAUUAAGAGUUUCCUAUGGUGAAAUUAACAUUCUACCAUCGCACAUAAAUUAAGAUGCCCUGGCCCUCAGGUGUCUCUGAAGGGAAGUUCUGGAAGACGGCUGUGCACGCUACCAGCCCAUUUCUCUCAAGCACGCCUUUACAAUUCCAAGUCUGCUUUUCUUUUUAUGGCAAGGAAGGAAACAAAAAGAAUAAUCAUCCAGUAGAUAUUUGAAUUGUGUCACAAAAAGAAAGGAGAAGCAAUGCUCCAUAUUAGUAGAGAGAUCUAUUGAUGAAUCUCUAGAAGAAUAUGUUUGGCAACCACAUAAAAGGUAGUCAUUUAAGUGCACUGUGUAGGAAAGGCUUUAUUAAAGUGAUGUAAGUUGGAUUUGAGCUCCCUGUGUGUUCUGUGCCAUUUUAUAGGCAGGAAGCAGGAAUAAAACAGUGACAGAUUUUCUUGAGAUAAAUAAAGCUUAGCAUUGGGGCCUUUCAAAUAGGAGAAUAAGGUAGCGUUCUUUAAGUCUUCAGUAAAGUGAUCUGCAUUUUGACUGGACAUAGGCCGCCCGAAGAGGAGUGUGUUUUGGAAAGGGUGAUUCUUUUUACCUGGCGUAUAGAUGGCUACGAGCUUCAGCACUUCACCCAUGUACAUGUGUGUGUUGUUCAGGUUGCUUUUUUCAUUUCAUUCACAUAUUCAAAAUACUGUGUGGCUGUGAUCCAGUGAAACCAUUGACACAGUACUAAUUUAACUGGAAAUGAGCAGGUCAUAUUGUGUGGGGCCCAGUUCAUCUAUUUCUAUGUCAGAUACUCACCAUCAGAUGUCAGCAGCCUGUGACUGGCAGUCAGGGCUUUUAACAGGGCUGUUGCUGUGUUUUGUAGUCUCAUCUUUUAUGAUGGGGGAAAUACUCAUCAGAGAUUAGUGAAUGUGAAACUGCUGUUCACUUACAGAAAAGGCCAAAAAUAUUAUCCCACAAUGUCAGAUUUGAGAUUUUGGCUUAUGACACAUGGAAAUCUUUAAAUUAGGGUUGGGCUGUCGUGAAGUUAGCUUUUUAAGAGAAUGGGGGAGAAUAGGACCAGUCUUAUCAAAUGUACUCAGAUAUACUACUAUUGAUAUAUAAUAUUUUUUCUCCUUAAAAUCAUGAACAUAGACGUCUAUAUCAGGAUAUUUAAAAAUGAAUUUGCUUAGGCAAUAUACUUCGUAACUAGAUAAAAAUAUAUAAGACAGUUACUCUAAUGGAGGGGGAAAUACUAAUUCAAAAACAAACAUGUCAGCAUGUUACUUAAAGGUAAAUCAAGUAUAAUAUACUUAACGCUUUUCGGAACUUAGCAAAGCAACUUGCCUUUUCUUUUUGUACCCAUUCUAAUUCUUUCCUAACUCAGCAUGAAUUGGGGAUGUAUUUGUGUACUUCAUGGUAUAAUUGUAAAUGAGACUAUAAAUUAUAGUAUCCUAAUAUGACUACUUAUUUUUAAUUUCUCUUUAUUUGUGUGAUUCUGAAUAAAAACCACUGACUUCUGAAGUGAAUUUUUAGCAUGGCAGCUGAAAAAGAAAACAACAAACAAACAAACAAAACCCCAAUAUACUGGUGAACAUUUUAUUUACCUUCAGUAUGCAGAGAAUAGAGAAUAUUGUUUCCUUAUAUAUAUCUAGGAUUUUCACUGGGAGCCUGUGUUUGUGAGGCCACUACCCAAAGACUCAUGUUCAUGAGUCUGGGAGUCCUAUAUACAAGCUGUAUUUGUAAAUAAGACCAAGAAAGGUUGUGAACUGGCAGCUUGGAUGUUUUGUCAAAGUACAAUGUCAGAGAAACUCUCUCUAAGACAAAUUGUAAAUAGAACUGUCACAGUGAUUGCAUGAUUGAGCCACAGAAGUGUCUUACAAUUGUUGGCAUUGUCAGAGGACUUUUGAAAGCUUAAUUAAACACAGUGGCCCGCAUGGCUGCUAAAUUUACUUCGGAAAGCCAAAAAGGAAAAAAAAAAGUCUAAAAUGUGGAAGAUUCCCAAAGAUCUCAAAGUUCUUCAGACAUUACCCUUCCGGUGACACAGAAAAGAUGCAUUGUGCAUUUUCCUAGUUGUCUUUUAUAAAUAAUAGUUUUGAGAAUAGGGCCACGUGAUAUGAAGAUCAUCCUGUGUGUGAUGUGGAGAUUGUGUUAGUUUUUCUGUCUCCUGCUGUUACAGACAGUUAAUGUAAAAAUGGCCUUUUAUUGGAAACACAAAUAUGUAUUCACUUCAAGAACAGGAGCAGAGGGGGAAAGUUUCCCUCCCAUUCUCUGUGUUCAUUCUGUGAGAUCUUAAAAAAAACAGUGCUGUAAUUUCUUAAAUCACUCCAUCCUUGUAUUUCAAGUUGUGCCUUUUACGUUAAAGGAUCUGAAAUCUGUUUUGCACACCUUUCUCCUCGUGCAUGUGGCAUUUAAUUGUGGAGCUGCCCAUGGGCUGGAAAAUGCAACUGGGUGUAGAAAUGUGCAGGCAAUGUCAGGACAGCGAACCUUAAGCUCAGGGAAGAGGAGAGUUGGAUGCAUAUUAAUGGCACAUUUUCAAGUCCUGGAAAAUCAUUAAUUUCACACCACAGCCCCCAUGUAGUUUGGCUAAUGUGGGAGGACUAAAUUGGAGCAUAUAACUAACGUGCAAAUCCUAGGGAAGCAUUUUUCACAAUUUUGUGAUUUCUUAAGUGAAAGUGUUUAAUAAAGGAGAAUGGAUGAAUGGUGGCUUUUCAACACUAGUCAGUGAGAAAGGAAGAAAGUUUGGCUUUCCUUGGGGGAAAACAUGAAAUUGAACCAAAGUAGCACAGCUAGGGAGAUGCACCGAGAUCACGGCAUUCAGUGUUAACUUAAUUUAAUGGACUUUGGUUGGUCUGUUCACACCCUUUACUGCACAAAGGAAUCAUUUGACAAAAUUUACCCCUAGCCCAAGUCUGUUUUUACAUACCGUAGUACCAGCUUUAUGCAGUAAAAAGCACUUAGCAUCAAACUGGACCCAGCCUGGCACCUUGCCACUUUUUUAGCAAGAGAUUUAAUCACCAAGGAUCUUUAGUACCUUUCUGCUUGUUCAGAUUUCAUUUGGGUCAUGGUUAUGUCAGCAGUGUUGUUAUUACAAGGAUUAAAAAAGAAAAAAGAUUUUAACUUAGUGCCCAUUUUUAACAUUGUCUCAAAUCAAGCAGGUUUUUAUUUUAUGUGUCAAUUUGGAGGACAUUAAUAAAGUUCAUAAAUAUGUUCAGACUAUAUAAUUUAAUGGAUAAUAACCAGUAUUGUUAUUUGUAAUACAAAUAGAAAAUUGGCCAUUGUAUCCCUCCCUCCUCUGUCCUUUCCUCCUCCCCUGGUAAAUAAGCAUCCUUAAACUGCUUCUCUCCUUUACUUCCAGGGUAUAGAGGCUCUGGCCAAUAUCAGUAAAUUUACCUUUGUAAUUUGCCAUGUAGUUUUUACAACAAUGACCUAAUUAAUUUGAGCACGAACCAUAUUAUUGCUACUAGAGUCAUUUUCUGUCACAAACUUAAUUUCCAGGAAAUGUAACCUGACGAAUAAGAAUGCUUUAGCUCUCCUAGAGACCAAAGGCAGAUUUAAAAUAAUAAUAAUAAUAAUAAUAAUAAUAAUAAAUGCCAGCAUUAUUAAAGCCAGUAUGCUUGAUGCCAAACUCACUUUGAAGCCAGUAAACAUCAGACUGUAUUUCUAAUCAGUUUUAGAAUGUAACGUAUUCCAUAUUGGGUUCACUGGAAUCUGCCUUUCUGCUCUUUACUGGCCAGCUGCACUCCCUAUGCAUUUUUAAAACAUUUCAGCAAAGGCUUUUGCUGUUCUUAGCAGGGUUAGUAACUUGGGGUCUAUUUCUGAGCUCAUUCGUCAUUCUGCGAUGGCAUUGAGUUAGGUUGGCAAGGGAAGGAUUUGAAGCAUGGGGGGUGGUGAGGUCACUUCUGACCCCAGCAGGGAAUAGGUGAGCUUCAUUUGCCUUUACAAUAGACGCACAGUUACUGCACCUUGGAGGAGCUCUCAGGUGCCGCUCAGAUGGGCGCAUGUAAAUGCCCUGUCAGAUGCGGAGCCGGAAUAUUAAUGCCUCUUCCACCACCGCACCAUAAUAAAGCUGUACACAGCAAGCUUAAUAUGCAGCUAGUCUGGGGAAUUGUGUAAACUUAGGUAGCCCAGUGUGAAAGACAGCGAUGUAAAAAUGCUCGAUAUGCUACAGUUUCCAUUCUUGUUCUCCUUUGAUCUAUGGCAAAAUGAAAACAUCAUCCUUUCCUCCUCUUGGAGUUGUCUCCCCAACUCUGCCACCUCCCAAUCCACCACCAGAAUUUUUUGCAUGUGUGGUAUGGAGAAAUGCGACAUAAUUUGUUUCGUAUGGUUAAUUACAGGCGUUUGAAUAUUUAAAAUUUUAAAUAGCCGCUGUUCCAGCUUUUCCUGUUAAAAGUAUGUGAUUUGAACAAAGGGAAUACAGUGUAAAUAUUUGUGGUGAUUUGCAACACCCCUCUUUCCCCAUUAAACACACACACACACACACACACACGUGCACACACACACACAGACAUUCAGUUUAGAUGUAGUGCUGACUUAAAAGGCUUCUGUACCUUCAUUUGUACUUAAAAAAAAAAACCAACUCUCAACUGGAACUCCAUUAAAACAUUUUGCCAUUAUUUUUGAGUCCACUGUUGCUUGAGGUUUUAAAGAGGAUUUUUAUAAUGUGUUCAUUUAACAGAAUCAACAGCUGUCAGAACCAGUUGUGGUAAAUCCACAAAACGUACAAAGAAAAUACACACGUUUCCUGAAACAAAACACUUGGAAAAACAAGCUGCCAAGAACUGGCGAAUGAGAAGUCUGCAGACAGGGAGCCGGAGUGUUUCAUCUCUUGGUUCACCCUGGAGACUGAUGUGAGCGGAUCUGAUGCAAUGCCCUGGAAGGUUUACCUGACCAGGUGCCUGCUUUGAGGCAAUGCACCGGGCAGGAGGGCUGGACGGGGCUGCGAGUUGCUCCCUAUUCUGCCCUCCUUUUUUCUUUUUGAUCUCUCCACAUAGAUAAAAUACCAAGUUCAUAGAGUGCUACACAACAAAUUAUAUCCACUAAAGGUGAGAUGAUCAGAUUUAAACUUCCUGUAAAAGAAGCAAGAAGGCGCUUAACACACACUUUUCCAGAUAGGGUUGGCAGCGUGUUAUGCAGAAUUGAAUCGGCCCCGCCAGGAAAUUCCCAGUGGGACCCUGGAGCAGGCAUGUUGAUGAAGGGGAUACCUGGGGACCUCUGGUCACUCACAAUGAGUUUCUGUUUGUAUCUUCACUCUUGUUAGCCUUGGCGAUGAACAAUUACACCUACAAUUUGAUCUUAGUUUUAGAUACAGGUGAGUCCGCUGAUUAAAAACUCCCAUUAAAAUGAAGAAUGGAAUAAUUGUGAAGCCCACGAAGGUGCUUUCAAAACAAACACAGGUGCUGUUGUGUCCCCCUCCCCCCCCACAAUGCUCUCUGGUUUCUGUUUUCUUUUUGAAUUUUCUAAAAAAAAACCAAAAAAACCAAAUAACACAAGGAAGCCCCAUGCUAACCAUCAGGGCAUUUAAAUUUAUAUUCAUCAGUUGUUCAUUUUCUUGAUAUGUAAUGAUGUAUAAAAAAAGCUGCAAAGAAAUCACAUCUGUUAAUUUUUGGAGAAAUAAGGUGUAGCUUGGGUUCUUCUUAACUUAGCUGGAGUACAAGGCUCUACAUGCCACGUCUGAUCUCUUACGUUUUAAAUAUGGAGUUUCUCUUUUUGGGCCAAAAAAAAAAAAAACAAAACAAAAACCUGAAGCAUUUCCCUUUACCGACUCAGGGGAUACCGUGAUUUCAUGAUUUAUUUACAUUUAGGGGGCAGCUCACAAUGAGCCAUUUACUGCUCAUCUUAGCCCCCUCCUCCACAAGUCUUCGAGUUCACAGUUAAAACAAUACAUUAACCAAUGUUAAAUUUUAAAUCUCAUGAGUUUCUCUCUCCUACUCCAUCCCAUCCUAAGAUUAAAAAAAAAAAAAAAACACAACAACACAACUAUUCUUUUACAUUUAAAAGUGAACAUUGGCUACUGAAGAAUGAUUUAAAGACUGAGAAAAUUUUUAAUAAUAAAUCGUAACCUUCUCAUGUUAUGUUUUUGUUAUGUUAAGGGGAAAAAAUCAAUAAGGAAAAAUUUAAUUCUGAUAAAGAUACUCUUGGAUCUUUGAAAACAACUGCUGUCCUUUUAACUAAAACAUUUGAGCAGCUUCAAAGACUAUGUAUUUCUUCUGAUCUUGGAGCUGUGUGACUGGUAGCAAGAAAGAAAAAAAAAAUCUUAUUCUACAUACAAGUGGAUUGCUUAACAAGUCUGCACAGACACGUACUUGUUUGUACAAUAGAGAUAAAAAUUCCUGUAUAAAAAUAAUUCAGCUGCUGACAGCAGGCAUUGUUGUUGGACCUGUCUUUUGUGCCUGUCCCAGCUCUGGGCCCCCUCUCCCCCUCUAUCUGCUUGGGACAGCUUGCUGCCUAUAGACUCCUGACCAGAAGUUAAUUGCUAUACAUUAAAUAUAUAGGUAUUGUAUCUAAAGAGGAAUAUCUUGAGCCUUCCUAUAUGCAUUCCACUCUACUUUCUGAUGUGAUUGCAGUACCGCCAGCAAGAGGGUGGCAGGCAAACGCUCUAAUAGGGAAAAUGACUUGAAGGCAGUUAAGGGAAAUUUGGCCUUCAGGUCCCAUUUGCUCUGCAGUGUAGCAUCAGUUUCUAAACUUUUGUUUUUAAUCUAAUUCUGAUUUACUCUGUCACAUCCCAUAUCAACCCUCAUUGAACUCUACUCAUGUAGAGUAACAUUAGUGUCAAAGGGAAUUGGUCAGGACUGUGGACCUGUGGCUCAUACAGAUGGUUGUGGAUGUGAGUUACACACAGCUCUGCGUCGUUUUCUUUCUAAUAAACGUCAAAAUGGGGCACAUUUCUGAGCACGGGCCGUGGAUAAGAGAGCCAAGGAAUGAGGGAUAGUACCUGGAUUUUUUUUUUACCCCCUUCUCCCUUCUCUUUCCCACUUCCUUGGGAUACCUGCAUUUCAGGUAGUAAGAUCGACUUUAGGAAAACGUCUGAGGCUGGGGGUUGUGGGUGGGGAUGGGGGGAGAGUGGCAGAAAGAAGUUACUCGCAUAUUUUCAGUACAGGUUCAAACACAGUCACCAAAGCAGAGUCUUCUGGGUCCAGGAGCGGAGCAGUAUGCACGGGCACGUGGGCUUUUCAGAGCUGUUUGUUCCCAGUCAGACUUGUACGCCAGCCGAGCUGGGACUUAACAUGGGCUUUUCCCGGGGCUGGGUGUAUGGGAUGGGGCCCUAGGAGGCAUUCACUGGGAAUUCUCUCACAAGAAUUUCUUAAAUACCAUGAGGUGAAUAACGUGUGAGUUAGCAUUCAAGGUGUGAGAUAGAUUCUCCUCCAUACUUGUCACUGGGAAGCAUGAGAAUCCAAAUU